GCCGCUGUGGGCCAGGCUCUCGACAGAGGUUCAGCCGUUCAGAAUCUAUCAUCGAAGCAGGAGCUCACGAGAAAACAUAAAUAGUCGGGAUCCUCACGCGAUUGCGAUUCACUCUCAACCGGCUUUAGCUUCUCGAAGCACUUCUUCUCUAGCUAUUUGAAGGUCGCAAAUUGUCCUCUGCACUUCUCACUUCAUUACACUUCAUCUUUACCACGCUGUCAAUUAUCAUGGCUACGGGAGUACCCAUCAAGGUGGACCUAGUCAUCACUCCCAACAAAGCCAACGUUCAACCCGUAGUUCAAGCGGUUGAGGGCGAUUAUGACGACGACACAGCUACCUGGUGCAGCAUGCCGGUCCCGAAAGACUGGCAGCGCGAACACAAGGCCAGAAAACCCAUGAAGAUUGUCAAGGAGGUGGAGGCUGAGGACGGCCCAGACCUGUUCACCGUAAGCCCAGUUCCUCGUCCCGAUCCGCCACUCAAGGCUUCGAGGGAGUACGAGUGCGAGUAUCCCACCGUGGAGCGCAACGUGCGCCGUGUCACCGACGCUCUGCCUUUCCCAGAGAAGCUUGAAGAUGUCAUUGCCUGGACCGAUGCUUUCGUCGACCGUAUUGCACAAGUCGCUGCAGCAGAAAAGAAGCAAAAAGAAAUAGAUGAGAAGAAGCACAAUGAAGAGAUCGAGAAACUUCGCAAGGUUAUCGAGGCCACCUCCGUCGAGCUGGACAAGACGCGCGACGCCCUUCAGGCCUCGCAGGCCGAAACCAAGGCCGCGAAGUGCGAGCUGGCGACCGCCAAAGCAGAGGUGGCAGCGCGCGACCAGACCAUCAAGGACAUGAAAGCCAAGGCCAUCAAAGAGGCUGCUGAAGAGAAGCGUCUUCGCGACAAGAACUGCCGACUCAGUGCCGAUCUCGAACGCGCAAGGAGGAACAUCACUGAGCUCAGCAACAAGUUGGGCAAGGUCGACAAGGCGCUUCUCGAAGAACACGCGCGCUGGGUGGAAGAGCACGAGCUGCACGGGCUCGACCACAAGGAGCUGGAGUGCCUACGCGCAGAGUUCGACGUGGAGCGCGCGGCAAAGGACGCCGCGAAGAACGAACUGGCGGCGUGCCAGACGCAGCUCGCGAACGCAAACAUCGCCCUCGACGCCAAAGACAAGACCAUCGAGUCCCUCACCGGAGACCUGGUGCGCCUCCGCACCGAGCUCGAGUGCACCAAGACGCGCAUCACCGAGCUCGAGACUCGCCUCGCCGCCACGGACACCCAGCUCGUCAACACCCAGUGCAGCCUCGAAGAAGCCAAAGGCGCCAUCGACAAGCUCACCGCCGAGCUCGCCGCCGCUAAACAGCGCAUCAGCGAGCUCGACGCCGCCCUCAAAGACGCCGACUGCGCCCUCGCCGACAAGAACGCCGAGCUCGCCGCUCUCCGCGACGCAAACGCCAAAGCAACCUCCGACCUCGCACAAGCCCAAGCCGACCUCGACAAAGCCAACUGCGCCAUCGAGCGUUUGCAGUCGUCUCUCCACGAUGCGCAAACGCGCGCCGCGUGCCUGGAAGCGGAGCGCGAUCAGCUGAAAAACGCCGUUGCCGCGAUGGAGGAGGCGCUGCAGCGCGCCGCGUGCGUCGAAGCGGAGCGCGACCAGCUGAAGCAGACGGUUGCCUGUCUCGAAGCAGAGCGUGACCAGCUGCAGAAGUCGCUCUCGUGCGUUGAAGCCGAGCGCGACCAGCUGCAGAAGACAGCUGCAGAGAUGGAGGGCGCGAUCCAGCGCGCUCUCCAGGGCGAGGAGGAGGACGUGGAGCGUGCAAAGAAGGAGCACGAUAGGCAUAAGGCUGUGGUGGAGGGGCUUUUGAGCGCGGCGAAGAAUAACAAGGGGUGUGAGUGACGGGGCGUUGGUAUCUCUUUCGGGCUUUUUUCCUUAACUUCAUUUUGCCGUUUCCUUCUUUUUCUUUUCCGCUGCGGAGGGAAGGGA